UUGGAUCCCGCCUCUGCUGCCAAGACCGGUGGAUAUGAAAUCCGAACCAACACCGGAGAUAUCGAGACGGGACUCCUACGAUGGGGCUAUAUCUUUUACCCCCGCGGGGUGUCACUGCGCUCCCAGCCUCCUACUGCUCUGUGCUUUCACUGCUCUGUGUUGUAAUGGGCGUCCCGUGGGAUACGAUUCGAACGGACAACGGUGGGUUGAACGUCUUGAGCCCACUUCAUGGUAGCCCUGGAGCUGUCGGGUUGCUCGGCAUCGGGCCUCCACGACGAUGCUGCUCAGGUUCGACAGGAACAACCUGGCUGGGGAUGUCGGAGGAUGAUGACCGGGCCCAAGAUGACAGGACUAGACUGCGUCUGGUCUAAACACCGCAG